CUCGUCGAGUUUAUUCUGUUGCUUCCGUGUCCGGUGAACCGACUUCACAUUUGGAACAACUUGUCCACUGUACGGUAUGUUCUAUCUUCAAAUGGCAUCUAAACAUCCACAUUUUAAUGUUUGCAUUGUAUAUUCCAUUGGGACAGACGAUAAAGUUUGAUAUGAAAUACCUGGAAUUAUGUUUGGUCGAAGAUUGGUUCAUAUCCACUGCAGCUGGGCUCUGACCUUGCUGUGUUGGCUAGCUAACUGCUAGACCUUCAUCUGACUCUUGCUCUUUGAACGUAAAAUAUUAUUUUGAAUGUCUAAAAUAUAACUAAAUAAGCUGAUGAUGUAGCUACAUUGUUGGAUUGUAGUAGCUAGGCAAAGCUAACGACUAUUUUCUAGCUAGCCUAACGUUAGCUUAGUAGCGUGAGAGCUAGUUAAAACAUUAAAUAGCUUGCUAUGUGUCAGCAAACAUGAGUUUGGCGCUGUCAGAACUUCUAUUGGUUUUUUGUGUUGGUUAGGACUCAAAUCAGUUAGCCAGAUAAUAGCAACAUCUCUAACAUUAGCCACUAGGUGACCAUGUUGUUGAGGAGUCCGGCUUGCUAGCUUCUGAUCUCAAUGAGCUGCCAGUCAGUGUCACCUGUGACUUGAACCUGCCUGAUCGGUCAGUGUUCAUGACAUUACAUUAACUGUUUUGUUCUUUCGUGUUAUGGUCUGUAUCUCUCUUGUGGGGUUUUAGCAGCUAUAUAUAAUAUUUACCCUUUUUCCAACCUUUUGACAGACGCAGACAGAAAGAUGGCUGGGAAACGUGCAGCAUUGAAAGCCAUUGACUGGUUGGCCUUUGCUGAGAGGGUUCCCCCCAACCAGAGGGCCAUGUUCAACAACCUCAAGACGCGCUCAGACGCCAUCGGUGCCAAGUACGUAGCCUACCCCGAGUUAGCGUUUAGGCCUAGUUCAUGACUAGCACUUCAGAGCCAGCCAACUGAGGACAAACUUUUCACUUGCAUUGAUGUCAAUGGGAAACUGAGUAAAACAUUUUUUACGAUUCUCCCUUUUAGCUUUUUAUAUGCCAAUGUGAAAGUCAUGUAGUUGGAAUUGAAUUACAAGGUAUUGUCAACCAAGACACAUAGGUUGCUGCAAAGUGAGUGGGUCUCGUACAUGCAUGUUAGUGUAAAUGAAAAGCUCCACAAUCUCACUCCCACAAUUAUUGUUUUAUAAGUGACAUCAAUGAGCUGUUGUUGAUGGCUGUCUCUACAGGCUGUCCUCUCUGCCAGAGAAGCCUGUCACCAUCGACUGGAGCUUCUACAAGACCAAUGUGGCCAGAGCCGGUAUGGUGGCCGAGUUUGAAUCCAAGGUGAGAUCCCAAGGCCUGUGAUGAGUUUUAAAUGCGUUCCACCUGGGGAAAAUAAAGUUACACACUCUUACUAUAUUAGUCUUAUGUAGUAUUCUGUCCACUGUGUGGCAUGUGCUGUAACACUGGUUCAGUCUAGGGCUGUUACGGUGGCCAUCUUACCGCCACACCGGCAGUCACGAGUCAUGAUGGCUGUCAAAUUCCAUGUGACAGUCACGGUAAUUAGUCUUCUCCAAGCUCUGAUGCUGCUGAUGGUAAUUAGUAGCCUACCAAACUUGCUAACUGCCUGGUACUCAGCACUCCAUUGUCCCUCUAAUCACUCUGACAUCAAUGCAAAUGUAAUCGAAAAUCUAAUUGAACAGAGAGCCCAUGAGCUCAUUUUGCGCAACAUUUCUAUAGACUAUGGAAUUGCGUGAGAAAACAGAGUGAUGGCCUCUACUAAAAAGAGGACGAUCCCAUCAACUUUCUAUAGGCUAGGCCUUCUAUUUAUUUCUAAAUUUUCCUAAUAUUAAGCACAUUGCUUCUCUUUACAACAGGAGUAUAGCCUACCUGGCUGGCAUGAAAAUGAACCACAGAAUAGUGUCCUCCAUUCGCUAUGUAAGUGCAUAGAUGACAUGUAUUUUUUCCCCUGCCCCUGUUUCAAGACAGGUGCAUGAUAAUGGUCCAUUCUAAAUCAAAACAAAUUUUACACAUAUAUUACUUAGUAUAUGUAAAGACAAAAUAAAAUAAAGAAUAGUGUGAUGGGUGACAAUAUCAGCCUAUCACUUGUGAAUGAUGUAUUUGCUGCCGGAAAAAAUUGAGGCAUUAUCAAGUGCUUGUGAAAUUGCGAAAGAGAGACUGAUGAAGUGUGUACAGCCUGCGCAAAAAAACAAAGCAGAGCUCAUGCCUUUCAUGUGACUUUUUUCAAAUCAUCAUUAGUCUUAUCAUGCAGCCUUAGAAUGUAUAAAUAAAUCUAAGCAUAUAGCCCAACUUUUGUAUCACAACUUAAGUUGCAUAAAUAACUCUAAAUUAAGCAUAUAGGAGUACAGUGAGGGAAAAAAGUAUUUGAUCCCCUGCUGAUUUUGUAAGUUUGCCCACUGACAAAGACAUGAUCAGUCUAUAAUCUUAAUGGUAGGUUUAUUUGAACAGUGAGAGACAGAAUAAAAACAAAAAAAUCCAGAAAAACGCGUGUCAAAAAUGUUAUAAAUUUAUUUGCAUUUUAAUGAGGGAAAUAAGUAUUUGACCCCUCUGCAAAACAUGACUUAGUACUUGGUGGCAAAACCCUUGUUGGCAAUCACAGAGGUCAGACGUUUCUUGUAGUUGGCCACCAGGUUUGCACACAUCUCAGGAGGGAUUUUGUCCCACUCCUCUUUGCAGAUCUUCUCCAAGUCAUUAAGGUUUCGAGGCUGACGUUUGGCAACUCGAACCUUCAGCUCCCUCCACAGGUUUUCUAUGGGAUUAAGGUCUGGAGACUGGCUAGGCCACUCCAGGACCUUAAUGUGCUUCUUCUUGAGCCACUCCUUUGUUGCCUUGGCCGUGUGUUUUGGUUCAUUGUCAUGCUGGAAUACCCAUCCACGAGGAGGUUCUCACCCAAGAUUUGACGGUACAUGGCCCUGUCCAUCGUCCUUUUGAUGCAGUGAAGUUGUCCUGUCCCCUUAGCAGAAAAACACCCCCAAAGCAUAAUGUUUCCACCUCCAUGUUUGACGGUGGGGAUGGUGUUCUUGGGGUCAUAGGCAGCAUUCCUCCUCCUCCAAACACGGCGAGUUGAUGCCAAAGAGCUCCAUUUUGGUCUCAUCUGACCACAACACUUUCACCCAGUUCUCCUCUGAAUCAUUCAGAUGUUCAUUGGCAAAUUUCAGACGGCCCUGUAUAUGUGCUUUCUUGAGCAGGGGGACCUUGCGGGCACUGCAGGAUUUCAGUCCUUCACGGCGUAGUGUGUUACCAAUUGUUUUCUUGGUGACUAUGGUCCCAGCUGCCUUGAGAUCAUUGACAAGAUCCUCCCGUGUAGUUCUGGGCUGAUUCCUCACCGUUCUCAUGAUCAUUGCAACUCCACGAGGUGAGAUCUUGCAUGGAGCCCCAGGCCGAGGGAGAUUGACAGUUAUUUUGUGUUUCUUCCAUUUGCGAAUAAUCGCACCAACUGUUGUCACCUUCUCACCAAGCUGCUUGGCGAUGGUCUUGUAGCCAAUUCCAGCCUUGUGUAGGUCUACAAUCUUGUCCCUGACAUCCUUGGAGAGCUCUUUGGUCUUGGCCAUGGUGGAGAGUUUGGAAUCUGAUUGAUUGAUUGCUUCUGUGGACAGGUGUCUUUUAUACAGGUAACAAGCUGAGAUUAGGAGCACUCCCUUUAAGAGUGUGCUCCUAAUCUCAGCUCGUUACCUGUAUAAAAGACACCUGGGAGCCAGAAAUCUUUCUGGUUGAGAGGGGGUCAAAUACUUAUUUCCCUCAUUAAAAUGCAAAUCAAUUUAUAACAUUUUUGACAUGUGUUUUUCUGGAUUGUUUUGUUGUUAUUCUGUCUCUCACUGUUCAAAUAAACCUACCAUUAAAAUUAUAGACUGAUAAUUUCUUUGUCAGUGGGCAAAUGUACAAAAUCAGCAGGUGAUCAAAUACUUUUUUCCCUCACUGUACCUGUUUCUUUGGUAACCGCUCAACACAGAAUAGCCGCAUGUGUGCACUCCCUCAAAUCCUUUGGAGAAAAUAUAUAAUUUUUAUUUUAUUCAGCUAUGUUCAAUUGUAUUCUUCAUACUAUAAAAUAAUGCCACGGAAUUCUAAGCAAAUCGUGUCUGCUAAAUGAACUAGUGUUAGCCCACAGCCAUAUGGCAUAGCCAGAUCAGGGCCUAACAUAAGGACAACUCAGAGUAUGCUAUUCUGUUCUUCUGAAACAGACUACAUUUUCUUAUCAUGUUUCUUCAGACCUGUCUAAAAUAAAGAAUGGAUUUAUUGUGAUGGAUUUAUUAGACUUUUUCAAAUGUAGAUGUUCCAAAGGUCUGCAUCAGUGGCUUGUAGGCUAUUCGUGGAAGCUAGGAGAUGCUAAAUGUGUUUAUGUUAAUUAAUGGUCAAUUACCGUGAGACCUGCAGUUAUUUGCUUGACAAUCACCGGCUGACAAUUUCAUGACCGCCCUAGUUCAGUCACAACCAUAUUAGUCUUAUCUGGUAUUCUGUCCACUGUGUGGCGUGCUUUAACACUGGUUCAGUCACAACAAUAUUACAUUUACAUUUUAGUCAUUUAGCAGACGCUCUUAUCCAGAGCAACUUACAGUUAUUGAGUGCAUACAUUUUUAUUUUAUGUAUUUAUUUGUAUUUUUUUUUUUAUAAAUAAAAAAAUCCAUACUGGUCCCCCGUUGGAAUCGAACCCACAAGCGCCAUGCUCUACCAACUGAGCUACACGGGACUAUUCGUCUUAUGUAGUAUUCAGUGUGGUGUGGUGUGCUGUAACACUGAUUCAGUCACAACACUAUUAGUCUUAUGUAGUAUUCAGUGUGGUGUGCUGUAACACUGGUUCAGUCACAACAAUAUUAGUCUUAUGUAGUAUUCAGUGUGCUGUGCUGUAACACUGGUUCAGUCACAACAAUAUUAGUCUUAUGUAGUAUUCAGUGUGGUGUGCUGUAACACUGGUUCAGUCACAACAAUAUUAGUCUUAUGUAGUAUUCAGUGUGGUGUGGCAUAACACUGGUUCAGUCACAAUAUAACUAAGUUGUUUCAGAGAUCUACCCCCAAGGGGGAAAAAAAAAAGAAAAGUUGUUUCAGAGUAGAACAUGUUAUCGUUGAUCCCUAUCAGACAUCGAUGUGAUCAUUAUGAUGAAAUACGUUCUUGGACCAGGGACGGUACUGGAGCUACAUGCUUCAAUCAAUCAAAUGUAUUUAUAUUAGUGUUGUCAUGGUACCAGGAAGUAAGGAAGCAAAGGAAACAACAUGAAGCGGACAAACCUUCUCCAGGAAAACACAUCUCCUGACCUCCUCAUCUCACCCCUCCCCCUCUCCUGUCCUCAUCUCAUCUCUCCUCUCUCCAUCUCCUGUCCUCCUCAGUUCUCAGCCCUGACCAUCCCUGAGCCCAAGGACACAGCCACAGCCGCGAUCAACACACAGGAGGCCGAGGCGGUGAGUAGUAGCUCUGGAUUAAAAGCUAAUGUGCAGAAUGACUCAUCACUGUUCUGCUGUACUGAUUCAGAAUGACUCUUCACUGUUCUGCUGUACUGAUUCAGAAUGACUCUUCACUGUUCUGCGGUACUGAUUCAGAAUGACUCUUCACUGUUCUGCUGUACUGAUUCAGAAUGACUCUUCACUGUUAUGCUCCUCAAUCCUGUAGGGAUACAACAUAAUCAAGCUGUGCAUCAUUUGAGUGGUAGCUGGACCACUGGUGUGAAAAGCUAUUGUAGAAAACUGUAGGAUAAAUCUACAGUACUGAUUCAGGAUGACUCUUCACUAUGCUACUGUAUUAAUUCAGGAUGACUCUUCUACUGUAUUGAUUCAGGAUGACUCUUCACUGUGCUACUGUAUUGAUUCAGGAUGACUCUUCUACUGUAUUGAUUCAGGAUGACUCUUCUACUGUAUUGAUUCAGGAUGACUCUUCACUCUGCUACUGUAUUGAUUCAGGAUGACUCUUCUACUGUAUUGAUUCAGGAUGACUCUUCACUGUGCUACUGUAUUGGUUCAGGAUGACUCUUCUACUGUAUUGAUUCAGGAUGACUCUUCACUGUGCUCCAGUUCAUUCCUGUAUUAAUAUUACAGUAGCAAACUAAUUAAUAAUACACUAAAUGUGUAUUAUGGCACUUUGACUCAGACACUUUUAUGUUGUAUUGUUCAUUGUCAUGGAUGAGGUGGUGAGAAAUGGGUUCAGAGUUCCAUUUCAAGAGAAAAAAGCCUCAUUAUGCAAAGCACCGUAACUGCUCUUGAGGCUUCCUUCAUUAUUAUUGGUUAUCUUUCUUCUUUGUUGCAGAACAAAGCUGCUGUUGCCUACGUCGAGGCUUCCAAAGCUCGCAUCGCCCAGUAUGGGAAGGAGGUGGGUUACACGCACGCACACACUCCCCUACACACGGAUUUCCCUAGACUUUCUCUUCAUAUUUUAGGAUAUUAGUACACACUCAACAGUAGAACCCCUGAGAACAACUGCGGUAUUUAGAGACAUGUAGUUCUCUUCUCUCUGUUGAUCCACCUUCCUGUCUUCCAGCUGGAGAAGUUCCAGAACAUGAUUCCCUUCGACCAGAUGACCAUCGAUGAUCUGAACGACACGUUCCCCGAGACCAAGCUGGACAAGGAGAAGCACCCGUACUGGCCCCACAAGCCCAUCGCUGAGCUGUAAACUAAAAGCCCCCAGCGCUUUCCAAAUAUUAUACUUUCCUCUGAUGAAAGGUUGUAUAGUGUCCUGUGUAUAAAGUCUAGUCCUGUUUCAUCUACAAAGACAGUUUGUGAAAUUACUCAACUGUGAGUAAGGUAAUCUGGUCCUUUGAAUGGAAAUAAACAUUUAUGGAAAUUGAAUA